AUAAAUCACUUAUUCUCUCCUUUUUUCUCCCACGUUUAUUUAUUAAAUUCCAUCAUAUUCAAUCUAAUAACAAUGUCGUUCUCCUCCAUUGCUAACAAAUUGUCCAACCCAAGAGUCUUUGUACCAAUUGUUGCUGCUGCAGGUGGUAUCUCCCUUGCCUACCAAUACCAAACUAGAAUUAUUGCUAAUGAGCCAGGUAAGACUUUCAAAGGUGAUAAUGAAUGGGUUGACUUGAAGGUUAGAAAGACCUGGGAUGUUUCUUCCAACACCAAGCAUGUGAUUUUUGACUUGCCUGGUAAGGAUGAUGUUUCUGGUUUGAUUACUGCCUCUUGUCUUUUAACCAAAUUUGUUACUGCUAAGGGUAACAAUGUCAUUAGACCAUAUACUCCAAUCUCUGAUAACGAUGAAAAGGGAUCCAUUGAAUUUGUCGUUAAGAAGUAUGAAGGUGGUAAGGCUUCUACCCAUAUUCAUGACUUGAAAGUUGGUGACACUUUAUCCUUCAAAGGUCCAAUUGUCAAGUGGAAGUGGGAAGCUAACCAAUACAAGUCCAUUGCCUUGAUUGGUGGUGGUACUGGUAUCACUCCAUUGUACCAAUUGAUUCAAGAAAUCACCAAGAACCCAGAAGAUAAGACUAAGGUUUCCUUGUACUAUGGUAACUUGUCUGAAAAGGACAUUUUGAUCAAGAAGGAAUUGGAUGUCUUGGCUGCUAAGCACAAGGAUCAAGUUGACAUUGUCUACUUUGUUGACAAGGCUGAAAAGGGUUGGGAAGGUGAAACUGGUUUCAUUGACAAGGAAUUCUUGCAACCACGUUUGCCAGGUCCUUCUAAGGACUCCAAGGUCUUUGUUUGUGGACCACCAGCCUUGUACAAGGCUCUUUCUGGUCCUAAGGUUUCUCCAACUGAUCAAGGUGAAGUCACUGGUGUUUUGGCUGAAUUGGGAUUCACCAAGGAACAUGUUUACAAGUUUUAA